UUCAGUUGCACAAAAUAAUACCUGUAUAGAACUGCAAUAAUUUUUCUCACAAAUAUUCUUUCACAGGUUAUGGCAACAUUUUCACACAUACCAGAGUGGGAAAAAUGGUUACUAUAAUUUACGCCAUCAUUGGAAUGCCUCUAUUUCUUCUUUACCUCUCUAACAUUGGUGACAUCAUGGCAAGAUCUUUCAAGUUCAUUUAUGCCAAUUGUUGCUUGUGCAGAUGUUGUCCAAAGGUGGCUAAGAGAAGAGCUAUUCGGAAAUUGAGAAGAGAACAAAAUUUGAGCACAGACAACGAUAGCUCGUUAGAAACUGAAAAUUCCAGUGUUGUCAUUUCUAUACCCUCAUUUGGACCUAGAGAUUCUGAAGCAAGCAAUGAUCUCACCACAGAAGACGAUGAAUACGAUGUACAAAAUGUCACUGUUCCUGUUACAAUUUGUUUGAGUAUAAUGGUGGGGUAA